CUUCUUGGCCGCGUUAGGCGAUAGCCGUACGAAAAAUCUAUCGGUAAACGGUCAAGUGUGAGUUCCCGACGAUGGGCACAGAAGACCCGAAUAAAUUGGCGUCUGUUGAGUUUGAAGUCUAUGGCCAAGUUCAAGGCUGCUACUUCACGAAGUACUGUAAGGAGCUAGCUGAGCAGCUGAACGUAGGUGGAUGGGUGAAGAACACUAAGAAAGGCACUAUUGUGGGCAAGAUACAGGGCACAAAAGCAGCAAUCGAUCAUAUGGUCAACUGGCUUAACACCACGGGCUCUCCGGGUUGCAAGAUAGAAAAAUGUGAUCUUACCAACUGGGAACACCUCGUUCGACCUGACUACAGGGAUUUUAGCAUACGUUUUUAAUAUGUACUUAUACAUAAGCUAAGUGAAUGGUAUAUUACGUGGUUUUAUACAAAUGUAGAUUUCUAAUUGUAUCCGCGGUUCUAACUCCAUAUAAUUAUGUAUUAUUCUGACGUAUAAGCUAUAUUCUUGUAGAGUUUUAUUAAUUUAUUAUAUAUUAUUUUAAUUCAUUCAGUAGUUUUUGCCUGAAAAAGAAAAAAACAUCCAUCCAUACUCACUAACAAACUUCCACAUUUGUAAUAUUAGUAAGACUAGCGGCGUGCCCCAGCUUCAUACGAGUAAGUAUUUAUAAAAAAAAAUAUAAGUUUAAAAACAAACACACACACACACAUAUAUAUGCACUCUUCGAUAUCAACAAAGUUGUUCUUGUAAUAAUUUAUGAGACCACAAAUAGUUGAGUUACUUUAUAGGUAAGAUUAAUUUAUUGUACGCAUACCUGUUACAAUUUUUCUCCAGAACAGUAGAGGGCGGAAUAAAUGGUCUAUUUUUUUAAACAUUAUUAAGUUAUGACAAGUCUGAAAAAAGCUGAUAUGAUUCCGUGCAUAGCUGAAUCUGAAAAUGUAUAUUCAGGAGAUAUGUUAAUUCUGGUACACAUUAUAUAGGCAGUUAUUAAAAGUCUAUAGUUUAUUAAAGACACUAACUAAUUUGUGAAGUAUUUUUCUUAAGUUAUAGUUGUACGAUGUACCUAAAGUACGUACUAGUAAGUAUUCUUGAAAUUGAACUGGUUUCACCAAGAAAAGAAAUAGAAAUUGUAAUUUUCAUUACAUAAUUAAUUUUGUUUGUAUGAACAGCUUAAUAAAUAUCUUCAAUUAUCCACUUUUUUAUAAGCUAUUCAGUUUCAUGAAUGCUAUUGCGACUAACAUAUAUACGCUUUUCUGAAUCAUAAUAU